CCUGCUUCUGUUUAUGGAAAUGCUUAGAAUAUAAUGCUUCUCCAAACAUUAAGAAUUUGUGUUAGAAAUUUUGCAAAGAAGAAAAUAUGACAUUUAAGAAAGACUUCAAGCAACAAAUGGUGCCUGAAUGGGAGACACACUACAUGGACUAUGAAGGCCUCAAGACAAUAUUGAAACAUGUUAAACACAAUCAUCAUCAUCAUCAUGGUUGCAGUAAUCAAACAGAUGAAGGAACUGAAGACAAGAUUAUAGAUGUUGAGACAUUAGAGAAUGGUGUAGAUGGUUCCAAAGAGUUUUAUGAGAAUAACUUGAAUGAAGAAAGAGGAGAAGGUGAUGCAAGAUUCUUUGAGAAGCUUGAUGAAGAGCUUGACAAGGUUAAUGUGUUUUAUAAGGAAGAGGUGGAGGCAGUUAAGCAUGAAGCAACACUUUUGAGUAAACAACUUGAGGCUCUUGUUGCUUUUAGAGUAAAGGUUAAAAGCCCUGAUACAGUUGAAUUUGCAGGACUGCAGCAUAAAGACUCUAUGUUGAGCACAGAAGUUGAUCCUUUACAACAGACCAAUAGAAGUAGUCAUCAUGAGGAGGAAGCAAGGAGUAAUGACAAAAGAAGAGACCCUAUGGAAAUCCUUGAGAAUGUAAAGAUUGAUAAUGCUCUUGAGUCUCCAAAAUCAACAAUUAAAAAUGCUUUUACAGAUUCAAAUGAUAAUGAGUUAAGUUUCAAUAAAGAAGAGCUGAAAAAAGUUGAAAAACAACUUAGACUUGUGUUUGUUGAGUUCUAUCAGAAACUUCUCCAUCUCAAAGAUUACAGUUUUAUGAAUCUCUCAGCAUUUUCCAAGAUCAUGAAGAAGUAUGAAAAGCUCAAAAAGAAUGCACAAAGAGCAUCUUCAAAUUCAAUAACAUACAUGAGAGUAGUGGAUAACUCUUAUCUUGGUACUUCUGAUGAGGUGAAUAUUCUUCUGGAGAAAGUGGAAUCAACCUUCAUCAGGAACUUCACACAUUCAAAUCACAAGAAGGGAAGGAAAUUGCUAAGGCCAAAAAUCAAAAGAGAAAGGCACCACAUAACAUUUUUUACCGGUUUCUUUUCUGGUUGCUUUGUUGCUCUACUAGUUGCUACAAUAUUAAGAAUAAUAUCUCAACAUUUAAUGAAGAAAAAAGCAGGAACAUUUUACAUGGAAAAUAUUUUCCCAUUAUACAGUUUAUUUGGAUAUAUUACUCUACAUAUGCUAAUGUAUGCUGCAAACACGUAUUUUUGGAGGCGAUAUCGGAUCAACUAUCAAUUCCUGUUUGGUAUCCGACCUGGAACUGAGUUGGAUCAUAAAGAUGUAUUCCUUCUCACAACUGGCCAUGCAGUGAUUGCAGUACUAUGUUUCUUGAUAAAUUUGCAGCUUGAGAUGAAUCAAAAGGAUAGAAGCUAUAAAACAGCCACUGAACUUGUUCCUCUGAGCUUAAUCGUUCUUGUCAUUUUGAUCACCUUUUGUCCUUUCAAUAUCAUAUACCGAUCAAGUCGUUUCUUCUUUAUCCGAUGUUUACUCCGCUGCAUAUGUGCCCCUUUUUUUCCGGUUUCACUUUCUGAUUUUUUCUUGGCCGAUCAACUUACCAGUCAGUUUCAAUCCUUCAGAAGUUUCGUUCUUUACAUAUGCUAUUAUGGCCUCGGAGAACACUCAAGGAGGCAAAACAAAUGUAGAAGUCACGGUAUCUAUAAUAUACAGUACUUCAUGGCCGGCAUCAUUCCUUAUUGGUUUCGCUUGGCACAGUGCAUGCGUCAAUUGUACGAUGAGAGAAAUCUCGAUCACGCGAUCAACGGUUCAAAGUACCUAUCAACAAUUGUUGCAAUGGUGAUUAGGACAGUCUUUGAAACAAAGAAGGGAGUGACAUGGAAAGUGUUGGCACUUAUAAGUUCAGGUGUGGCAAUAUUAAUCAACACAUAUUGGGACAUUGUGAAGGAUUGGAGUCUCUUGCAAAGACAUUCAAAGAAUCGCUAUUUGAGGGAUAAACUCAUAGUUUCUCACAAAAGUGUCUACUACCUAGCCAUGGUUGUGAACGUUGUUCUAAGACUUUCAUGGAUGCAAUUGGUGCUUGAAUUGGAUUGGCGUCCUCUUCAUAAAGUGGCGAUCAUUACAUUUAUUUCUUGUCUUGAAAUUAUUCGCCGCGGGAUAUGGAACUUCUUUAGGUUGGAGAAUGAGCACUUGAACAAUGUUGGAAACUACCGUGCAUUCAAGUCAAUUCCUCAUCCUUUCAGUUACUAUGAUGAUGAUGAUGGCAAGGAUGAAUAGUGGCAUUAUGAUUCAAAACAAGGCUGUAUUGUACUACAUAAAUUAUCUUUUAAUCUUUUAAAUUGACAAAUAAUUUGAACUAUGGAUGUUAGAUACUCAAUUAAACUAUGGAUAUUAGAUACAAAUAGUCUCUUCUGAUUU